AUGGCUAUACAUAUAAAUAAUUCCCAAACCUUGUUUUCAGCGACGAGUCCAAUCUCAAUAGAGUCACCACCAUCCUUACCUCGUACCACUUCAUCAUCAUCAUCAUCGUCAUCUAAUUCAUUACCAAAUACAGUAUCUAACUAUAAGAAGAAAAGGAAACCAUCAACAUCUCCAAUGUCUAAUUUAGUAUCGUCAAUUAAAUCUAAAUCAUUGAAACAAUCCAUAAGCAUAGGCAGUAUAAAAUCAAAUUUGCAUAAUCAAAGAUUAACUCAUUAUAAAAACAAAAGUCCUAAUUAUAUACAUCAUCGUCAUCAUCAUCAUCCAUUAUCUACAGAACAAGAGAAAUAUUUAUAUGAAGAACAGUUAACUGACGAUGAAGAUUCGACUUCUUUUGAAGAUGACGAAGAUGACGAUAUUGUAACUAGAGGUGAAGAAAUUUCAGAAGAUCUUUCAUCCGAUGAAUAUUCGGUGAUAUCAUCUUCCUUUUCAACAUCAACUAAUAUUAAGUCUACGAGUUUAUCGAAAUCUCCUUCAGUUCAGUCGUAUUUAUCAUCUUUCAGUAAUGGUAAUACCAGCUCUAGUAUUUAUCCAUUAGCAACAACGGUUUCAACUACAAAUACGACUGUAGCUCCAUCAUUUGUAACAACAAUGUCAGAAACUAUUCCUUUAAGACACGCUGCUUCAACCGAGUCAUUGACCAGAUUACUUCAAACUCAAUCGUCGUCAAAAUUAUCAGAAUCAAUCAUAUCGGUUGAAGAAUUUACACCUAUACUAGCUUCAAAUAACGUGGCUGUUAAUGAAACAAUCAAUAGCAUUAAUGAAAAUAUAUCCCUAGUUUCGAAUUUAACUCAAUCAAUAAAGAAAAACUGGAAAAUAUUGAAGAAUAAUCCCAUAUUUUUCAUUAAAGAAUCACCAAGACUAACCGAUGAUAUUCUACCAGUUGAAUCAACAUUGUCAUUAUCAACUUCAUCCAUCGACGAAGAACCACAUACAUGUAUUUAUCAAGAACUAGUGACGUUCAAUUCUCAAGCUCACAACCAUAAUACCGAUGAAGAGUUAUUCAGAGUCCCCGGAGGAAGAUCUUUUAAAAAUAGAGAUCACCGUUUAAAUUCCACCUUUUUAAGGUUAUAUGCCAUUGACUACAAUGCUCGUGUUGUUACGGGAACGCUUGUGAAUCAAUCGAGUCCACCUCAACAAUCAUCAACUUCAUGUAUUCAAGAUUACUUCAUUGGUGAAGAAGAUUUACCAGUUAACCUCGCCAAGUUUCAUUCGAAAUAUGAUAUAUUUAAGAUUUCUAAUUUGUCAAGAGAUAAGCUUUGGAAAUCGGUUGUUUUACCUCCAAGACAAGAUACAUCUCCUUCUAAUUGUAUCAAUUGUGAUGACUAUAUAUACGUAGGUGAAGAUCAAAAAUCGCCCAUGUCAUACUCGUUGACAAGAAAAUCGGGAGAUUACUUACCUUGGUCAAAUAAGUAUUACAAUAAUUGUAAUCGUGCAUUUCCUCAGACUAAAACUUUAAAACCAGCAGGUGUAUUACUGAACACUACAACAGUGAAUAAUGGCUUAGCCCCUACAGCUGGUUUUACGAAGACUCAAUUUACAGUUAAAGGUUGGUGCAAUCCAAGAUGGGUUGAUACUUCUUCAUGA